AUGUCUUACUUCACCCGAAUGUCGAACUCGCUAUACGGAGAAUCCCCCGCAAACACCCCCGAGGAACGCUACGAGGGCUUCCGAGAGUUGCCCAUGGCUGUCAACACGGCGCAAGAGCAGGUUACGACGGUCCAGAUCCGUGGCCAGGCGUACCGUGUGCCAGUGGAUCCAUAUGGAAUGGCAAGCAAGAGCUUCUACCGCGACCUCACGUGCCUAGAAGACGAAGAACUGAUCCACAAGUACGGCCUCACACCGUAUUCGGUGGCUCCGCCGAUUCCGAUGAAACAUGCUGCGAGGGGGAGCAAGUAUACGGCCCGCUUUAAGGCGUGA